AGGCAUCCAGAUUAUACAUUCAAUACAAUUGCAUAUCAUAUUGAUGAUAUGACGCCCAUGCUACAGGCAUUUGCAGUCGAUCUAGUAGAAUCUAAUAUGAAGGAGCUGUAAGUUCGGAUAGGUGUAGAAAUUGUCUUUAUGUCGAUCUUGUUUUCGACUUUGAUUUGCAUAUUCCAAAACCUAUAUGACGGUGUUACUUUGGCUAUGGCCGGAAAACGAUGCACUCCGAUAUCGACGAUUGAUUUUGGUAUAUUUAGUUACAUGAAAUCAAAAGACGGCUGGUGUAGAGAAGACAAGGAAGAAGAAAUGCAGGAUGCUAUUUCACGUUACCUCAUCACAUAUCAUAAUAACCAGCCUGUAGGGAUGAUCCACUUUCAAUUUGUUGAAGAGGAAACCAUGGUGGACCGAGAUGCAGAGGUAGUUUAUUGCUUUGAGAUCCAAGUUGUUCCUGAAUAUCAGCGCCGAGGAAUCGGUGCAUAUCUCAUCGGCUUACUAGAACUGAUUGGAAAGGCAACACAAAUGGAAAAAAUCAUGUUGACUGUCUUUAAAGCCAACAAGGAUGCUAUCAAGUUUUACAUCGGCCAGUUGCAGCGCCAUGUCCUUUUGCGACUUGUCAUAUUUUUCCAUGUAUUCUCUUUUCUAAUUGGCCCCAUUGUCAAAUUGCCGCGUAUUAGAUACGAGUAUGACCAAAUUUCCCCAUGCCAGUGUCUGACACGUGGGCAAGCCUCGCGCUUCGAUUAUGAAAUCUUAAGUAAAGCACUUUUGUAGACAAAGACAAUCACCAAGGGGGUUGUUGUUGUUGUUGUUGUUAUCGUUGGUAUUCUUAAUUUGGCGGCAAACUCGCGCGGCUUGCUUAUUUUACAUCAUCUCACUUCUCGGAGGAUUAUGUGAUGAGGAAGAGCCCUUGGGUGGGUGUACUCAUUGACACUAAUCAGAACGCAUGCAGCGCCUGAAAUGCCAAAGAUAGAUCGAGAGCUGUUGUCGGUCUUCAGGGUAGGUUUUGCAUUAUCGAGCACCUGCCCUUUUUUAUGUGAGCAGCUGUGGCAACGAAUUGAGCAAACCAAGUGAACGUCUAUAGACCUAGCUUACCUGCUGCAGAAACGAGCAACGCGACAG